UGCUCUAAAAGGCUCCGGAUGCUUUCUUCUCAGCUCAACCCAGAUGGUUUGAGUUUUCUGUAGUUCUUUCGUUUCCUCCCCCACUGACUUCUACCGGAAUUUGCCAGGAUUUCGGUAGCAACGCCCGCUGGCUCAAAAUCCGCAGUCUCCGUGCCGGCUGCAUACGUAAUUAUUUUGUAUCGCACCACCGAGCGGCGAAGAGCCGACCUGCCCAGAUUCUUCCCUGAGGCCUUCGCAGUCUGUUUCACUCCCCCUUCCCCCAGGUCGGCCUAAAAACGUCGUGGUUGGCCAGCUGAGACACCCAGGAGAAAAGAUAACUUUGGACUCCCCGUUCUAAUGUGAAGGUUCACCCAGACAGAGAUGCACAAGUUGAGACCUAAGUGCGGAGGGGUCCUGGAGAGAACCUCGCUGACCACCAGUCCUAAGAAUGGGAAGCCUCAUUAGGCUCCACAAUUCCUGGGCCUGAGCUGCAACGCGAACCAGACGCCCACCAGCCCAAGACAACGCUCCCUUGUUCCUUGUUUCAGCGCUAGCUGUGUGUGCCCUCCUUUGUACUCCUAGCAGCACUUUGUCAAUUACUAAAUGCUGUCCCCCGCCCAGGCCAUUGUGGUUUACACGGACAGGGAGGUCCAUGGUGCUGUGGGCUCCCGGGUGACCCUGCACUGCUCCUUCUGGUCCAGUGAGUGGGUCUCAGAUGACAUCUCCUUCACCUGGCGCUACCAGCCUGAAGGGGGCCGAGAUGCCAUUUCGAUCUUCCACUAUGCCAAGGGACAACCCUACAUCGAUGAGGUGGGGACCUUCAAAGAGCGUAUCCAGUGGGUAGGGGACCCUCGCUGGAAGGAUGGUUCCAUUGUCAUACACAACCUAGACUACAGUGACAAUGGCACUUUCACUUGUGACGUCAAAAACCCUCCAGACAUAGUGGGCAAGACUUCUCAGGUCACACUCUACGUCUUUGAAAAAGUGCCAACUAGGUACGGGGUGGUGCUGGGAGCCGUGAUCGGGGGUGUCCUCGGGGUGGUGCUGCUGGCGCUGCUGCUUUUCUACCUGGUUCGGUACUGCUGGCUGCGCAGGCAGGCGGCCCUGCAGAGGAGGCUCAGUGCCAUGGAGAAGGGGAAAUUGCACAAGACUGGAAAGGAUACUAAGCGCGGGCGGCAGACGCCCGUGCUGUAUGCCAUGCUGGACCACACCAGAAGCGCCAAAACCGCCAGUGAGAAGAAGGCCAAGGGCCUGGGGGAGUCUCGCAAGGAUAAGAAAUAGCGGUUAGCGGGCCGGGCGGGGGAUCGGGGGUUAGGGGCGGAGUCCGCCAAAGGCUCUAAGGUGGUGGUCAUCGAGAUGGAACUACGAAAGGACGAGCAGAGCUCGGAGCUCCGGCCAGCUGUCAAGUCCCCCAGCAGAACCAGCCUCAAAAACGCCCUCAAGAACAUGAUAGGCCUGGACUCGGACAAGUGAUCACCACCCACCAGGCCCUGCUGGAGCAGGGAGACCUAGGCUCCUCUUAUUCCCGUCUAGGUGCUUUCCUCUCUUGCUCCCCCCGCCCCGCCCUGCCCUGCCCUCACUUCCCUUUGAGAUGUAAGUUUCAUUCCAGAAUUCAUUCCCUAGGCGCUUGUAUUCUCCGCCACCUCCACCCCUUGGCUUUCUGGGAGCCCAGGGGCUGAUCCCACCCCUCAUCUGCCCCAAGGGCUGUGUGUUUGGUGCCUGUCCCUCAGGCACUGAGAAGAAAGGGACCUUGAUACCCUCUGCCUCAACUUCAGGCCACCUGGCAUUCCCAUCCCCUGCACCCCUUAGCCUGUCCCUCUGGUUCUUUCUACUUCUGUCCCCCCUCCUCCUUCCCCUCUAUCAGGUGGCUCAGCUUCAUACUCUAUCCUCCCAGCUAACUCCCAGAUCACCCAGAUCACACUCUCCUUCAGGGUUUGUUUAGGUUGUUGAUUAUUUUUUAUUUUUAAUCCAUGCUUUGUUUGUUUGUUUGUUUACCUGUGCCCAUGCUCUGUCCUUACUCCCAUGACUGAGGACCAAUGACGUCAUGUGGCUUUUGCAAUUCCUCACCCCUGUUAAGUCCUUAGUGGAGAGCCAGCCCAAGCAGAGGGGCCUGAUUCUCAAACCCUGGCUAUAGCAUUGGUGCCCCCUGACUGCUUUGGAGCACUGUUCUGGGACUCAAGGUCUUGGGGAAGGAUAGAGAGAGAGAUCAGGAUCCUCACAGGUCAGGCGGUGAAGAGGGGGCAAAGGAGCCUUAAGAAAUGAUGUUUAAACAACCAAACAGAAAGCAGGAAAACAAAUGGGAACCAGGAGAGGGGAAAGGAAGAGGCUACACUCUAGCCACAUGGGAUUCUUAGGAUUUUUCUAUAUUCUGUAUAUUUCUUCUCAAACCUCCAAAUGUCCAUAAAUGUUUAAUAAAACUGACAUUUCCAGAA